AUGGCGUCGUUACGGCCGAAAUUGUUUGAAUUGGCUGACAUACGAGGAGGUAAAUGUAACAGCUACCCAUUCUAUACAGCUGACAUACGAGGAGGUAAAUGUAACAACUACCCAUCCUAUACAGCUGGCAUAGAAGGAGGUGAAUGUAACAGCUACACAUUCUAUACAAGUGACAUAGGAGGAGGCAAAUGUAACAGCUACCCAUCCUAUACAGGUGACAUAGAAGGAGCUGGCAUAGGAGGAGGUGAAUGUAACAGCUACCCAUCCUAUACAGGUGACAUAGAAGAAGGUAAAUGUAACAGCUACCCAUCCUAUACAGCUGACAUAGAAGAAGGUAAAUGUAACAGCUACCCAUCCUAUACAGCUGACAUAGAAGAAGCUGACAUACGAGGAGGCAAAUGUAACAACUACCCAUCCUAUACAGCUGACAUACGAGGAGGCAAAUGUAACAACUACCCAUCCUAUACAGCUGGCAUAGAAGAAGGAAAAGGUAACAACUACCCAUCCUAUACAGCUGGCAUAGGAGAAGCUGACAUAGAAGGAGGCAAAUGUAACAACUACUCAUCCUAUACAGCUGACAUAGGAGGAGGUAAAUGUAACAGCUACCCAUACUAUACAGCUGACAUAGAAGGAGGUAAAUGUAACAGCUACCCAUCCUAUAUAGCUGACAUAGAAGGAGGAUUGAACAUCCCGCGGGAAGCAAACAGUGGCAUCGCAGUAAUACUCAUAGAUAGAAUGUCACUUAGUGGAAUGGUAAGUAGUAAGAAAGUGUGGUUUGAUGUUAUGAAUCAGAACAACGUAGUCGCGUGGGAUGCCGUUUGGGUUUUAACAGCCGUCUUCUAUCAGAAAGACUACCCACCUACAUCAAUGACAAAUGUGACACAUGUAACAGUAGGUGAAGAUGGCAUGCUGUUCAAUACAACCUUCGUCUUUCUCGAGGUUCUGCGAGACAACAUUCUCGACGUGUCCAGGAAAGUUUGUAAACAUCUACAAGAUGGCGGAGUGGGCUUCAUUAGUUUUCUAGACUGUCCAUCAACAAGAUAUAUGGACUACUAUACGGCUAGACUCGGAAUACCGAGUAUUUUAUACGCCACCCAGCCGUGCGACCCCGAAGUGCACCAAUCAACAUUUCCCACAGUAAAAAUGCUCCCCGACUGCUACACACUGAAUAAAGCUAUAACGAGUAUUGUGACGUCACAGAUCUGGUCUGAAGUCACCAUUUUGUAUGAUUUCAUUUCUAACUCUCGAUGCAUGCAGAAUUUACUGAUGGAAAUUUCCAAACUUUUGAUACAAUCCCGGCUGGUGAGAGUAACAAACACGACCGACAUUAUACAAUCGAUGUCUACCGUCCAAGGACCACAGGGGAGGAAUAUCAUCGUUAUAGUAUCCGAGGAUAUACUAAAUGACCUUCUACAAAAGGCAUACGAAAUAGGAAUGCUGGGUCCGAACUUUUUCUGGAUAAUCGUGGAGAGCAGACCCGCUCUAUGCUGGAACCCUCCCGCCAGAUUCUCAGAAAGUCAUCUGAUAGUGCUCAAGAGAAGGAUGGAUGUGAUGGAAUCGAGUGAACCGUGUCACACGGGAAAGAUUGAUUCGGCAUUCUUUGAAGAAGCAAACUCCAUCUUAAGUAGUGCGUUCAUCAGAGACUACGUGAUCUGUACGGAAAAUUGCUCAGCAAGCUGCCAGGAAUUGAAAAUAUCCCCCUCACCAUGGAUGCAGACAGUUAGAUCAAACCUCUGUGAUACAAACGAUACGAGGAAUUCAGAAGCUGGUCGGAUGUUUGAUAGUAAUGGUUUUCUCGCCUCCGUUGAGUACGACAUCUACAGUAUUGCCGAUCGAAGGAAUUCUGUCGAUAUCGUAGCAACGUGGGACAAGAGAAACGGAUUCCUUUUGAAAGACACGAUGGUGUACCUGAAUACGUUUAAGGACUUCGGAAACCGAACACUUCUCAUAGCAACACAGGAGGCAAAACCGUUCACAAUUCGUUCGGAGAUCAAUGGAACUGUUACUUUCACUGGAUUUUGCUUGGAUAUUUUGGACGAACUUGCCGUGAGGUUUAAUUUUAGGUACACACUGAUAGAGCCACCGGAUGGACUUUGGGGAGGACCAAAUGCGGACGGAUCCUGGAACGGUAUGGUUGGCAUGGUCAAAAGAGGGGAAAUAGCCUUUGCAAUAGGGCCUUUCACGAUCACCUCUUUGAGAGAGCAAGUCAUUGACUUCACGAAACCUUUUAUGGAGGAUGGAGCAGGUAUCCUGACCACUCGUCCGGACGCUGACUCUGACAAAUUUUUCCGGAUCAUCCGUCCUUUCGCUCUACCAGUGUGGGGCUGUAUCGCCAUUGCUAUAGUGUGUGUUGGUUUACUAUUGUUCAUUGUAAACAGACUCAGUCCAUAUACUGCCUACAAUCAACGGCACAAAGAUUCGUCUCCGGAAGAGGUCAGCCUAACUAGCAAUAUGUGGCUGGUGUUUGGAACAUUUGUAAACCAAGGUGGAGUGACCUACCCUACAGCCAUUUCCGGUCGAUGUAUUGUCGGGUUCUGGUGGGUGUUUACCAUCCUCAUCACGUCCACAUAUACUGCCAAUCUUGCUGCCUUCCUCACUGUUACCAUAGCGGUGAAGCCUAUCAACAGUCUAAACGAACUGGCAGCUCACGAGCAAAUCAGUCCUCUAGUUAAGGCAGGAACCAACCUAUACUCACUUUUCCAGACUGCAGAUUCUGGUAUAUACAAGACAAUAUGGGAGCGGAUGGGUGAUAUGCCUGUGGUCAAGAGUACAAACGAAGCACUUGACAUUGUCCGAAAUUCGGAAACUGCUUUUAUGACUGACCGUUCUCAGCUGGAAUAUCAUGUCUUAAGCGAUUGUAAAACAUAUGCACUAGCCGAUGAAAUCUUCAACACAGCUGGUUAUGGAUUUGUGGUGCCGGAACAUGCUCCUUACCUGGAUAGCUUUAACUACAAUAUCAUGCGUAUGCAAGAAGCGGGACUGAUAGAGAAAUGGAGACAAAAAUGGUGGCCUCGUUCUGACCAGUGCUCAAUUUCUGAUCGUACCAGUUCUGCUACAGCGUUGGGAAUUGACAGUCUGGCUGGACCAUUCCUUGUCUACGUUUGCAUUGCAGCCUUGUCAUUCAUCUGUCUUUUGUUUGAGAUAUGUCUGAAGAGACGGGCUUACCUAAAACAAAAGAACAUAUCGAAACUUAACUCCGGUCAUAUACCUAAUGGUCUCGGAACUGUGAAUAAUGGAUUCGAAUUCGAUUGA